UAGAGGAGUUCCAGUUAUUUGUCUUUUCUGGACAAUGGAGUCUGAGUCUGGUUUAUCUUUCUCGCACCCACGAAUAAGUAGUCCUCACAGAAGUCCAAACAUGCAGGACUCGAACCUUGAAACUCUGUCUGCAAAUGAUAAACUUUCCAGUCGUCCUCACCACAAUACAUCUUCUCAUCCUCCAGUGUGUCAUGUGCCGAUCCUACGCCUUAGCCCUAACAGUGAUCAGUUCAGAUUUAGAGGUUUCUCCCGGGAUCUUUGUUCUAUCCCAGUUCUGAAUUCAUCUUUGGAAAGUAGCUACAGCGCAAAUAGAUCAGAUCUGCUCACAGACAGGAAAGCUACUUAUGAAGACUGCUGCAAUCCUGAAGCUAAUGAAAACACCUCCAAACACAUGGGAUACUCAAUCCUAACCCAUGACCAUAGGUCACAGCGUGACAAUUGUGCCAACAUAAAGGACUCGCCAUCAGGUUCAAGCAGUUCUCCACAAGGGGAGUUCACUGUUGAGGUGCAUGAAUCUCCAGAGAUACUGAAAAGUAAAAACAAGAAGAGGAGGAACAGAACCACUUUCAGCACCUUCCAGCUGGAAGAACUGGAGAAAGUUUUCCACAAGACCCACUACCCUGAUGUAUAUGCUAGGGAGCAGCUGGCCACGAAGACUGAGCUCACGGAGGCCAGAGUGCAGGUUUGGUUUCAAAAUCGAAGGGCAAAAUGGCGAAAAAGAGAACGUUACAGUAAAAUGCAGGAGGUUCGAAAUCACAUAGCAUCAACAUAUGACAUUUCUCUUCUACCUCGAUCUGACAGUUAUCCUCAGCUGCAGAACAAUCUUUGGCCAAGCGGUGGAUCUGGUGGCCCUACAGGAUCCUGUCCCACACCCCAUGAUAACAGACACCCUUCCUGCAUUUCUUCAUAUUCUCAUCCCCAUGCUGGUAUGACUAACCUGAUGGGAAUUGCUGGUUCACCAAGCCACCAUCCUGCAAUCAAUGGGCUGUACUCACUGCACGGGUUUUCCAGUAAUCUAGGCAGUCACACAUUUGAUGCCAUCCAAGAAUCAGAAUACAAACCUGCAAAUUUAAUUGCACUACACUUGAAACCCAAGGAGCCCCCAAGCUUGAUACCAUGGGCAACAUGACCACAUUGAUGAACAGAGUUUCCAAGACAAAAAAAAACAACAUAUUUUCCUUCUUCAGGAUCCAAAUAGACUAACAAGAUAAGAACAGACCAGUGCUUUUGCAGUGACAAACAGAAUAACAAAGUAGAAAUGACCCUGUCAUACUUAGGACAGGCCUUUGUAAUUUGCUUAGAUUUUUCUAGAGUAAAACAGAAUUGGAUCUAGGUCUGCUCUACAAGCUUUCAUUAUCUUUACCUCAAGAUACAUUUUUCUGUGGUUUAAUACAACCGUUAACAAUUGUUAUUGCACACAUCUCUGUAAUAAAGAGGCAAAGACACACACCCUUGUUAUAAGUACUUCAUGGGUCUGUGAGUACAUAACCAUCAAGGUAUGCCUCCCAUUCUGUAACACCUACUAUCUAAACACUAACCAUAGAUGUUGCUUCCUUUAGUAAAAAAAUUAUUUUAUUGGCUGUGUAGUAUGAUCAUGACAAUUUAUAAGCACAUCCCAAAAUGCAGUACUAAUGCAUAUAACUACACCGCCACCAUACCCAGUUCACCUGAGAGGCUGUCAUACGAAGGUCUGAGGCCAUGAUUCUAAAGCAACCAUAUCCUCGUUUUUAUGAUGACUCCUGCAGGAUUACAGUAAACACAUACUGUUUACUGUUUAAGGUACAUUUUUUUUGCAGACUUACUCUUAUCUUGCCAGUCAUGUUCCCUAGUUUUUGCCACAACAUGUUUGAACAGAAAGCACUGUUUCACUUUUUUCUAAUAUCAGACCUCAAAGAUGAAAAAAAUCAGCAAAGUGUUUUUGAGAUGGAAGUUAAAUGCUACAUGCUUUAAGAGUUCAAUCUAAAAUAGGCAUAUUUAUCCCCUUCAGACAUCACUGUGUAAUGACAGUUUGGUUUAUUUAAUUCAAACCUCUUUGUCUAACUUGAUAACAGUGAGUAGCAGCAGUUAUAAGAAAUCUCAUUCCAUAACAGCCUCCAAAUCAGAUCUUUUUAAACUGGCUACUUACAGUUCCUGUAGACUGUUGUUUAUGCUAUUUGUUUGUAAGACAUAUUUUGACUUGAUUUCACUAAAGGCCUUUUUUCUGGUCAUCAUCACAUCAUCCUCUUUUUAUGUGUGUGUGUGUGUGUG